AUUUAAAUAUUUUUUACCUCCUACAUCUAAAAAUAAAAGUUCAUAUAUAUAUUUAUAUAUUGAUGAUGUGAUAUAAUAAAUACAUUCAUUUUUAAGUAAAUGGCAUUAAGCAGAUUAAAGCAGAGAGAAAUGAAAGCAAUCCCAUGUACAUUAUUUGGAGCACGAGGGUCAUCAAAGGUUGCUCUAUUUCAAGUACUUUGUGUCCGUCAUUGUAUUCAGUCGUAAUCCAAAAGAUCAGACGGGCAUUAAAUGAAAUCUAAAGAUUGCCGCAUGCAUAACUGGAUGAUACAAUAGAGCUCGUAAUCUCCUUAAGCGGAUCAGCAGAGCGAUGCGUCCCGUGUGCUGACGAGCUGGAAAGGAAGCGAGCAGGUUACCUCUGUUUACCACCCAGAUCAACCCUAAAAAUAUACCUCACCUAAUCUUCUUAAGGGGCGUGCGGUAGGAGUUUCAGUCAGUCAGUCAGUCGGCCUCAGGAGGGCGGCCUGACCCCCGCCCCCCCCGCUCCCCCGACACCUCCAGGUCCGCUUUGUGGUGUCUCAGCCUGGCGUCCGUCUGCAGCCUGAACCGUGCGGCCCGAAGCCUCGAGUGCUCCGGCAUGUCGGGCCUGCUCAACCUCAGCACCCUGGGCAGGAUCUGCGGCUCCGGCAACAGCAACGAAAUGGUGGUCCUGGACCGGGUCAAGAGGAAGAACUCGGUCAGGCGCAUGUCCAUCAUCGAGGACGGGGAAAUCGCCGAGAUCCUCUACCUCAUCCCGAAGCAGUCCAUGAUGGAGCAGCUGCCCUUCAUCAACCCCGACGACUACGUCCUGUGCGAGAAGUUGGACGGCGUUCCUCCGGAGAUGGCAGGGCCGCGUGACCUGGACGGCUCCCAGCCGUGUUCCCCCGGCGGGAGGCGCGUCAUCCCCUGCUUCCGAUGCGGGGACCCGUGCAGGGGUCAGGUGCUGCGGGUGCAGAACAGCCACUUCCACAUAAAGUGCUUCACCUGCAGAGUGUGCGGCUGCGACCUGGCUCACAGCGGCUUCUUCCUGAAGAACGGGGACUACCUUUGCCCGCUGGACUUCCAGAGGCUCCACGGGACGCUCUGCAGCAGCUGUGGGGACUUUGUGGAGGGGGCCGUGGUCACGGUCCUGGGGAAGACCUACCACCCGGCCUGCUUUGUGUGCUCCGUCUGCAAGGAGCCUUUUCCUGCAGGGGAUUGCGUGACCUUCAGCGGGAAGGACUGCCUCUGUCAGCGCUGCGUCCCACCCCUGCCCCCCCCUCGCAACGGCGUCAGCUGGUCCGGCGACUGCUCCGGCUGCGGGAGAGACAUCAAGAACGGCCAGGCCCUGUCGGCGCUCGGCGGCCAGUGGCACCUCGGCUGCUUCAAGUGUAAGGCCUGCAGGAGGAUGCUGAGCGGAGAGUACAUCAGCAAGGAUGGCUUUCCAUACUGCGAGAGGGACUACCAGAUUCAAUUUGGGGUCCAAUGUGAAGCGUGUCAGAAGUUUAUAACUGGAAAAGUCCUCGAGGCGGGGGAGAAAAACUAUCACCCCGGCUGCGCAAGAUGCAGCCGAUGUGACAAAAUGUUCACGGAGGGCGAAGACAUGUAUGUGCAAGGGUCGACGGUGUGGCACCCGGACUGCAGGGCGGAGGACGCCUUCGUGGGCGACGGAGCGAAAACAACACCGGGCCUCGGCUUCUUUUCCCCGCAUCGUAAACGCAAGCCCACGACCUCCUCAUCUGAAAGCUCCUUCUCCAGGCCCGGCUCGUGCACUCCGGGGAGUCCCGGUCGGACCAUCUGUGCAAAAGUAGAUAAUGAGAUCAUUGAUUACCGAGAAUUAGCGGCCAUUCCCAGAGUCAAGGCUAUAUUUGAUAUAGAGCAUCCUGAUAUGAUGUCUUAUGAGUCCGUGAGCUCCUCCUCCCCUUCGGACACCAAAGGCGCCGGACCGGAGCGGCGAGGCCCUGCACAGUCACCAGGAAAUGAAUCCGAAACCACCGAGAGUUUUGAAGUCAAACGUCGCACACCAACAUCCAAAAGACACGCGUCUUCUGAGGCUCACGGGACGCACAGUCACCACAACUACACCCCCAAUCUGUCCCGAUCCCCUCAGCACUUCCACCGGCCCGCAGGAGUGACGCUUUCUUCCUCUUUAUUGUCUGGCAACAAAGACACAUGCGUCGCUUCCCCUUUAUGUCUCCACUUUCCCCCCCGUGACAAAGACCAAGGCUUCAACAUGUACAGGAGGCCUCCGAUUUACAAACAGCAAGACGAACAUCUCAGCACCUCGCACGCGUCCUCCCUGCCCGGAUACGGUCGCAGCGGCCUCCACCCGCCGCGGUCAGCUGACCUCUCGCCCGACCGCAGCGACGGAUCCACAGAGUCUAAGGUACGUGAGGAGCGCUUUGAGUGGCCUUUGAAUCCUUUGAUCCCGCUUCUUUUCCUCGCUCGGUUUGAUGCGGCCUCAUCUCGCUCCCCCCCUGCAUGAGCCUGUUUU